AUGUCUCCUAUCAUCAAGACUCUCGCCCUCGCCGGCGCUCUCUUUUCUGCUGCUGGAUUUGCCGCUCCUAUCGACAAGCGUGAGGUUAUCGUUUGGAAGACUGUUACUGAUGUCGUCUGGACCACCGUCGAUGUCACCACUACUCUGCAACCUGAGCAGUUUGUCGCUACUGCAACUCUCGUCCCAGUGACUCAUACCACCGCUGAAGCUGUAGUUGCCGUUGAACCUACCCCUGCAGCACAGCCCCAGCCUGAAGAAACCGAUAAGCCUCAGUCAACCAGCUCUACGCUUACUACCACCUCCACCCCGGCUCCUGUUGCUGCUCCUGAGCCUACUGAGCAGCCCACCACAAGUUCUGCCGCUCCUGUUGCUGAGACCACUGAAUCCGCCCAGCCCGUUGAGCGCACCGAGCCUACUACCACCGCUGAGCCCACUACUUCAUCCGCCGCCCCCACCACCGCUGUCAGCGUCUCCAGUUCCGAUGGCUACACUGGCUCCUGCGAUUCAGGCUCUCCUUGUGUUGGUCAGAUGACUUACUACGACACUGCAACCUCCUGGAGCGCUCCUAGUGCCUGCGACACCACCAACGAUGGUGCGACCGAGCUAGUCCUGGCCCUCCCCCACGGCAUCAUGACCAAUGACGACUGUGGCAAGACUGUCACUAUUGAGUACAAUGGCGUCACCAAGCAGGGUACUGUGGUGGACAAGUGCAUGGGCUGUGAUGACAGCUCCAUUGAUCUCUCGCAGGCUCUGUUCGAAGCCUUCGAAUCUAUAUCUGCUGGUCGGUUGUAUGGUGCCAAGUGGUACAUCAACUAG